AUCAGAUAGCGAUUGCAUUUCAGGUAGAAACAGGAGCCAUGGGUUGUGUUGGAAUCCUGUUUGCUUGUGUGGUGGCUGUGUGCCUUCACAAAGGAUCAAGUUGGCUGCUCGCUAGAGAUGGUGUGCAAAAGAUUCAAGACGAAUUGUCAGAAAAUGAUAUUUCUCUGAAGAGGAGCACUGCCAUUCAACCAACCAUGACUGUUAUGUUGAAGCAACAAGCUAAAGAAGGCAACGUGUCAAGCGACGCCGCCCACAACGUGUCAAGCGACGCCGCCCACAACGUGUCAAGCGACGCCGCCCACAACGUGUCAAGCGACGCCGCCCACAACGUGUCAAGCGACGCCGCCCACAACGUGUCAAGCGACGCCGCCCACAACGUGUCAAGCGACGCCGCCCACAACGUGUCAAGCGACGCCGCCCACAACGUGUCAAGCGACGCCGCCCACAACGUGUCAAGCGACGCCGCCCACAACGUGUCAAGCGACGCCGCCCACAACGUGUCAAGCGACGCCGCCCACAACGUGUCAAGCGACGCCGCCCACAACGUGUCAAGCGACGCCGCCCACAACGUGUCAAGCGACGCCGCCCACAACGUGUCAAGCGACGCCGCCCACAACGUGUCAAGCGACGCCGCCCACAACGUGUCAAGCGACGCCGCCCACAACGUGUCAAGCGACGCCGCCCACAACGUGUCAAGCGACGCCGCCCACAACGUGUCAAGCGACGCCGCCCACAACGUGUCAAGCGACGCCGCCCACAACGUGUCAAGCGACGCCGCCCACAACGUGUCAAGCGACGCCGCCCACAACGUGUCAAGCGACGCCGCCCACAACGUGUCAAGCGACGCCACGGCCCCCACAACGUGUCAAGCGACGCCGCCCACAACGUGUCAAGCGACGCCGCCCACAACGUGUCAAGCGACGCCGCCCACAACGUGUCAAGCGACGCCGCCCACAACGUGUCAAGCGACGCCGCCCACAACGUGUCAAGCGACGCCGCCCAAGACUGAUUUUCUAUGGGUGCAAAUUCUUCUAAAUGGAUUUGUCCUGUGCCACAUUAAAUCAUGCUACAUUGGUAAUAUUAACCUGUGGAUUACUUGACUUCUAUAUAGUUUGACGUUUUUUGUCCACGUCCAGUUUAUAUUCCAAACUGCAGGAGAAAUUGGGCAUGACAUUUAGGAUCAGUAUCUAGCCAAUAUUUUAUUUUUCCUAUAUUUUCAACACCAUGCAAAACUACCAUGCCACCUACAUUGCUUCAGUUUAACACUCAGUCUGGUGCUACAUCAGUGUCACAUGACCAAUUUUGAUUAAACUGUUUCAGAACUGGGCCAAAUGACCUUGAAAAU